UGAACAACGAAACAAAAUGGCGGGGGAAUCGUACGUUCACCAUCUAUCCUUCACUUCUCGUCGUUCUCCCGUUGUUUCGCUACACGGAGCAGUCGCUUCAAGUCAACCUCUAGCUACUGAAAUAGGAGUACGGGUUCUGAAAGCUGGUGGAAAUGCGGCCGAUGCCGCGGUAGCCGUCGCGGCCGCUCUUAACGUUACCGAGCCAUGUAGCACUGGGAUAGGAGGGGACGCGUUCUGUUUGUUUUAUGACGCUGAUAAGAAGACUGUGAAAGGAAUAAAUGGAAGGUAAGCUUUCCCUAAAGCUCUGAGUCAGCACUUUUUAGUGCACUGAAAUGUAACUUCAUUGUCAAAUUUGAUCUGAAACAAGAAAGCGAAUAUGGAGUUUGUACUGCGCGAUUUAAUUCAAAACACGUGAAACCACAGGUAACGCAGGCUCUGUGAUAGUACCACAGUACGGUUCCAGUAAAAUUACAGUGUUUGUAUGGGGUAAAAAUAUCAUCCUAAAAUUUCUAGGAAAUACUAAAUAACGAUCAAUAAAACUUACUCUGCAGUUAAUUGUUGUUGCCCCUAUUGCUCCAACGAAGUUUCAUGAUAAUUUGCAGUAAUUUGUUUAAAUUCACUCUAUCUACAAUAAUAAUAUACAAGGUAGGAAACACGAGGUGCCAUUUUCGCCGACAUGCUCUCAUUCAACACAACUUUUUCCACGAAAUUCGAACUCCAACGGGAAAUAAACAUGCCAGGAUCAUAGAAAUAGGAUAGCAGUAGAUAUAGAAACUAAUGAAGCUAACGCAGAUAGAAAAAGGAAUCCCACAGACUUUGACAAACUGGAAGAAUAUAAUCCAAACAGACCGAGAAUAUGCUUGCCGAAGCAGCCGGGCCAGAUCAACACGCGGCCAAGAAAAUGAGGCCUGGGCAUUGUACAAAAAAAUUCUAUCCUGGGGGUCCUGGGGUGACCUUUCUAGGGACCGAUACAUCAUUUGCCCAAAGCCACCCUCCCGUGCUGGAAAAAUACUUGAUAGAAGGCAAUUGUUCUUCCUAUUUGCCAGAGCAUGAUGUAUCAGUGCCCAGAAAGGUCACCUCAGGACUCCCGGGAUGAUUUUUUUUUGUACAGAGCCCAGGCCUCAUUUUCUUGGCCACGCGUUGAUCUGGCCCGGCUGCUUCGGCAAGCAUAUUUCUCGGUCUGAUUUGGAUUAUAUUCUUCGAGUUUGUCAAAGUCUGUGGGAUUCCUUUCUCUAUCUGGGAAAGCUUCAUUGGUCUCUAUAUCUCCUGCUAUCCUAUUUCUACGAUCCUGGCAUGUUUAUUUUCCGUUGGAGUUCGAAUUUCGUGGAAAAAGUUGUGUUGAAUGAGAGCAUGUCGGUGAAAAUGGCACCUGGUGUUUCUUACCUUGUAUAUUAUUAUUGUAGAUAGAGUGAAUUUAAACAAAUUACUGCAAAUUAUCACGAAACUUCGUUGGAGCAAUAAGGACAACAACAAUUAACUGCAGAGUAAGUUUUAUUGAUCUUUAUUUAGUAUUUCCUAGAAAUUUUAGGAUGAUAUUUUUACCCCAUACAAACACUGUAAUUUUACUGGAACCGUACUGUGGUACUAUCACAGAGCCUGGUUUACCUGUGGUGAAACAGACUUAUGUUUGCAACUUCAAUAAGCAGUUAUGAAAAGAAAGCCUCGAAAUUUCAGGACGUAAUGUGGCCCCAGAUCCAUCGGAUAGAUCUCUACCCAGCGCAUAAAGCCAUUAUUUUCCCUAAUACUUAUCAGCUGGAUUUUAUCUAGUGGACAGCGCUAUCCAAUGUUUGAACAACUGGAGCCUAGUUAAAUUCAUCUUCAAAAUCAGGGGUGGUCCAAAGGGAUAGUCCAUGGACUGGGCCUACGAAGGGGUCCAUGGACUAGGUCCACAGGUGUGGUCUGUGGACCCGGGGUCCAUGUUUUGUAUACGUCCAUUUGAAUGCGUUUCUGCUUGGCACAUUAAUAAUUAUCAAUAGGUGACUAUAGGGUGAGUAUCACCAUAGCUACAGCACACAGGAGUGGGAUUGGAGCUAGUGCUGUAGGUUCAAAUAAGUAAAGCCAAAAAUGUAUCCCCUCUAAAUGUAAAAGGUUAUUCAAUAAUGUUUUCCAUAAGAAGUAAGACUAAGGCCAUUCCCAUAAAAUGUUUCCUUUCCCAUUGCCCGGCCGACCCAUUUUUUUGGAAAAGUAAAAAAAAAAAAUUCCAGAAUCACUUGUAAAGAAUCAAGUACUUUAAUUUACAAGCAUGCGAUCUUGUCUUAUUAACACCAAUUUUCUUAAAUUAUCAUCGAUACUUCAUUUUUGUAGCCUUUUUAGACAAUUGAUAGUCCUGUUAAUAUACAUCUUUUAGCAUCUGAUUAUAUCUUGCAGACUAAACGUGAGAUGUAAUAUGCAAUCAUGUGUUCAUUUUUUUUUUUUGCCCGCCCGACCGACCGAUCCACCUUCACGAGAGGGAGGGUAAUGGGAAACGAAACAUUUUAUGGGGAUGGCCUAACUGAACAAAAAAUACAGCCAGUACUGCUCUCUUAUUUUUGGUGUGGCUUAAAAUGUAAUUUAGACAGACUUAAACUCGACACAAUGCUGGCCAGUGUCUUUGAGUAAUUGUAGCACCUUACAUUCUGUGUGGCAAGGACUUGAAGACUUUACAGGGAUCAAGUCACUAAGAUUCUUUGCACAAUUAGCCAAGUCUUACGUCUAAUUAAGCAGCCUUUUACUGAUUUCUUUCCUGUCCCUCCGUCACUCCAUCCCUCCGUCCCUUCCUUUCAGGUAAGUUUAUCCUGUAUUAAUGUCCACUGACCUUGCGGUUAGAAUGACAGUGUCUGUGGUGGUUUUUGCUCACUGGUUGCCAUGGAUAUGCUGUGUUGGUUUCCUAUUCACUUGGCUCUACCAUCACUGAACCUCAUCUAUUAUUGAUGAGUUUUAUGAAUGAUGAUACCUCCUCUUAGCUCUGAAUGCCUAACCCUGUUGUCUGGCACAUUCCCAAUCUGAUAAUCCUAGAGGAGUGCCCUAUGUUUUUUUUUCAACCCCAUGUUAAUUACUCGCUUGUAUAAUUUAACCCCUUGUGAAUUUUCUUGUAUGCAGCAAUCAGCAGUUUAAUUAGUGGGAUGACCAGUAUAAGGAUUUUGAUCAUAUUUGUUGUUUUUUAAUUCAGUGGGAGAGCUGCAUCUAGACUGUCGCUGGAUCUAUUAAAGACUACAGGCAUUGUGAAAGAUGGAGAUGUUCACCUGCCAUACAAUUCUGCACACACAGUCACUGUACCUGGAGCUGCUUCAGCCUGGUGUGAUGCUGUGGAGAAAUUUGGAAGUGGGAAGGUACAACAUGUAUUGUGUAAAGAGUUAGAAAGCAUGUAGUACUUGGUUAGGUUUUUUAGGAAGGUAUGCACUGCCCAUGACUCCAACUUUGUACUGUCCCAGGGAGGGGGGGCGGACUCCCUUAUAUAAGCCAUAUAGGUAUGUGCUGACCCAAAGGGUAUGGUUUUUGGGCCUUGUUGGUCUGAAAGCGGGUAUAAACUUUGCCCAUUUUGGUCUGGAACUGGGUAUGGUUUUCAAGGGAACCAUGGGUGUGUAUGAACGUACUUGUAUUUAUCAGUUCAAUUCCAAAUCAAUAAUGACGAAAUAAAACAAUGGGAAUUGGAAAUGCAUUUGAAGAAUAUGAUUUUCUGUUUGCACUCUAAUGUAAGUAAUAAUGACAUAAUUUCUGCCUAGUAAAGGCCAGGUCUUAAAACGGGUAUGGAUUUGAGAGGUCGGGUCUGAAAAUGGGUGUGGAAAAUGACAUUUUUUGGUCUGAAAUAGGGCCAGGAUUUGGAGAACCAGGCAGCAAACCCACACCAAGAAUUCCCAGGAGUUCCCCCCCCCCCUCCAUGCUGUGUCCCUGAUAUAGAAGGAUUUAACAGUCAAAAUUAUGUCUUUUUGUCAAUGAAGGCCAUUACCCUGCCCUACAUGUAUGUAAACAUUUCUCUUGUUAGUCAAAAUGAAAUUCAGGUUAAAAUGAUUUCAUCCUGGUUUCAAUUAACCCUAAUUAAUACAUUCAAGCCCGGCCACACCUGUAUAUGGAAACUGACAUUGCUAUGACAAACAUAACAAACGAUAGGCAUAACAUUAACUAAAUUAAGGUUACAGUUGCAGUAAAAAACGCCACAGGAGUGAGCUCCACUGCAUUUCAGUUUUUGCAGGUGAAAAAAUAUAAUUUAGUGUGUCUUUUGCUUUAAUGUCAGUUGUAGUCACACGCUUUCUCUGAGACUCUCUGAUGCAUUUUUUACCGGUCCUUUUCUUUACUGAAAAUAUGUGGUUUUCUUGUGAACUGUUUUUGACGUUAAUUUUCUGUAGCUAUCACUGAGGGAUAUACUGCAGCCAGCGAUUGAUCUAGCCCGAGAUGGGUUCCCUGUGCACCCAGUGGCGGCACAUCACUGGAAAGAAGGAAUCGCUUCUCUGAUAAAUCCUGCCAAUAAACAUGGCUCAGAUAUGCUGCUUGAUGGAAAAGCGCCGAAAGCAGGAGAUGUAAUGAAAAUGCCACAUCUAGCUGCGACAUUUGAGGUGAGAAUUUAAAAUGUCAUACGUUUCUGGUUGUGUGUUGUUAAGCUGCCAGUGGUUACUGUGUUUAGGGUAUCAUAAGAAGAGCUUUUGUAUUGGAAAAUCUGCACGAACCCAAGAAGGGAUUCGCGUGCAAUACAGUAUUUUAUGGGUGGACGAAAGCUCCUUGUUUAUGUUUGUAAUGCCGUGGCUACCAUCUUUGAUAACAGGGAGUUUAAGAUACCACAACGACGACGGGGGCGAAAACGUCACUUAAAAAGUGACUUCGCGUUCUUUGAAACUUCAGUGCGAUUAUUCCAACAUGCCCACUUUGUCCUUUGUCCUGGAGUUGAGUUCUUAAGAAAAAUAUUCAAGUUUAAAGCCGGAGAGAAAGAGAAAUUCGUCGUCGUAUGUUCACGUUGUCGAUGAUACGUGAAAUUAGGCAAUUGACGUCGUAUUCGUGCAGUGACGGCAAAGAAAUGUACAAGAAAGCGUGAUGCACGUGCAAAGUUGUUGUUUUACUAACAUAAAGAUGUCCCAACGGCGGCCAUGUUGGUGUCGCAAACUAAUUGUUUAGGAUCUGAACCUUUUCCUGUUCAAAGACUUUGUUUUGUUCCAAUAAAUUUACAUGGUUCCUGGCCACGUGGGUAAAAAGGCUCUAUCAGGGAGUUUAAGAUGUCGCCACGGCGACAGCAAUGAGAACGUCAGAAAGAUAAGCAAACGUGCAGCACCCUUUGUUUGCACAAUUCUUUGCCGUCAAUGCACAAUGGAUGCAUGCGUAUCUCAUGAUGUUGGCGUGGCCAGUCAGUGGUACCAUGAAAAUGGGAUGUUAGUUAAUGAUAGCAAGCACCAGUGUCUAAUCCUCGGUGAUACGGAGUAUGGUUUUUCCUUCCCAGUAAAGGACACGUUAGAGAUUUUUGGAAUGGAAAUAGAUAAUAACCUGAAUUUUUCUAAACAUAUAUCAAAUGUAUGCAAAAAGAUUAAUAAUCAAUUUAAUGUUAUGUUGCGCUUUAGAAAACUCAUACGCAAGGAAAUCUUAUUCAAACUUUACAAAGCGUAUAUUUUACCUCACUUUUAUUAUUGCUCCUCUGUCUGGCACUUUUGUGGAGCGCGCGAUGCGGAUAAGCUCGAAGCUUUAAAUAAAAGAAUACUUAGAUUUAUACUUGGAGAUUACUCGUCUCCAUACAACACUCUUCUCUCAAAAGUCAGCUCUACUUCUUUGUUUAACAAACGCAUUCAAAAUUUCCUCAUUCUGUUAUAUAAGAGUUUGUUUUUUACUCAUUUUCCUACUUAUAUGAAGAAUAUGUUUUCACUCCGGUCCUCUUCCUAUGAUCUUCGUGGCAACUACAUUCUUUCACUAAGUAAACCUAAAACAACUACCUAUCGUCUUAACUCCUUUUCUUACUAUUCAGCUAAGCAGUGGAAUGCACUGCCGGACUUUUUUCGUACCAGUUUUUUUGCAGACUUUAAGACUAAAAUACAGGAUGUUACCUUCAUGUAGAUUCUUUUUGCCUGACAUACUUAAACUUAAAAUUGUGAAUUGUAAAUGAUAUUUUCUUUCCUUGCAUUUAAUGUAUAUAUAUAUUUUCUAUAUAGUUUUUAUGUAGUGUCAGCUCGAAGAUAUUAGCUUGUUAGCUACUCUAAAAUUCGAGUAUAAAUAAAGUUUUAUGUUAUGUUAUGUAAUUACGACGUGAAAUUACCUAACUUCACGUGUUACCGAGAACGUAAACAAACAACGAAGAACUUGAACAUUUCUCUCAAAAAAUCAGCUUUAGGAGAAUUCGCCAACACUUGGCAAAGUGAGUAAGUUGAGGUAAUCGCGCUGAAGUUUCAAAGAACGCAAAGCGACUUUUUAAGUGACGUUUUUAACGGCGUCGCCGACGUAUGGUAUCUUGAACUCUCUAUUUACAGAACCGCUAGUGUGGUGACGCGAAAGAGGAAGACAUAUGCGAGGAGAUGGGAGGCUUUCUCUCCCUUUACACCUAUUCGCCCGGCUCACGCGCAUCUUUUAUACUGCGCCGUGUAUGAAAUAUUCGCUUGCGAAUAGGAUUUCUAUCCUUUCCCCUUUCGCUUAUAACAACAUGAUUGUUGUAGCGUGACAUCAUCCGGGUAACUGAUGGGGGUAUUGUGCGACUUGACCAAUUGCUUCCCCCCCCCUUCUAGAGUUGAGGCGCACGAGGAACCGAAGCAUCAAUUGUUUAUUAUCAUUCGCUUGUGUUACUCCCUGCGGAAAGGUCUGAAUUUUUAGGGGUGGAGUUUUGGGUUGCCCUCACCUUUACUGGGCCAAGAGAACUUUCCUUGUAAAUAUCAGAUAAGACAAAUAGAAAAGAAUGUUAUUGUUACUUUAAUAAAAGCGGCUAUUAGACGAAGUCCAUAGCCAUUUAACCCCAAGUUGUUUUUUUGAGUGCUUCAUUUGGGCCCAGUAAACCAUCUUCAGGAAUUCAGCACCUAUCUAAUUUAUCAGAGGUCGGAAGGGAAAAGCAUAAAUAUUUCUUAUGGUUUACGAACCUGCCACUUAAACUAACUUUCAGUACAUGACGACUUAACUUCUUGUAGGAGUUGUGUACGAAGGGCAAAGAUGGUUUCUACAAAGGACGAGUAGCCGAGGCCAUUGUCGAAGUGGUGCAAGAACAUGGUGGAAUGUUAUCAGUUGAAGACCUGGAGAAGCAUUACAGUACGUUUGAUGAUCCUAUCUGUACUUGCUAUCGUGGGAUCAAUGUUUGGGAAAUGCCACCCAAUGGUCAAGGAAUCACAGCACUUCUAGCUUUAAAUAUCCUGGAGGGAUUCGACAUCAAAGGUGAGAAUUCUUCCGUGAGUUAGCCCAGUUUGUGUAAAUAGGAAUAGCAAUGUGAAUCCAAAUUCAUUAGGCCCUUUAUUACCACUGUGUGCGUGAAUUCGUGGGAAGGUGCGUGCAUGUUUAGCACUUGCCUUCAUAUUAGUUCAUAAGGUCGCCCGUGAAAGUGCGUGCAUAGGAUUAGUCUUUCGUUUGAUCCUUGCCUUCAAGUCGCAUGUAUUUGCGGGAAAGUGUGUGCAAGGGAUUGGUCUUUCGUUUGACGCUUGCCUUUUGAUUGGUUUAUUAUGUCACGUGAAUUCGCGGGAAAAUACGUAUACGGGAUUGAUCAUUCGUUUGAAGCUUGACCUUCUGAUUGGUUUAGGUCGAUAAUGUCUAGAAUCAAUAAUGCAAUGCAACGGAUCCCAAAGGCUUCUUUAAAAGCAUUAUUUCAGUUGUGUACAGGGCUUAUAAUAAUCAUUUGUGUUUUGAUCAUUAUUAUUUUAUUCUCUUUGCCAGGAAUGGAGCAUAACUCUGCUGAAUAUCUUCAUACUGUCAUCGAGGCGCUAUCACUAAGCUUUGCAGACACUCUAUGGUAUAAUGCUGAUCCAAGCAAAAUUCAAGUGCCUGUUAGCGGUUUGCUAUCAAAGGACUAUGCUGCAAAACGACGGAGCCUAAUCAGACAAGACAGGUUAGUAAAUAUACUAUGCAGUAGAACGUCCUGUAAGCGACCAACCAAAAUACGAAGAUUUAGAGGUUGCAUACGGGAGCUGGUCGCUUACGAGAGUCGACCCACGGGGGGUCUUUUCCAAGAAGAGGUUCUGACCAAUCCACUUUUUGGAAGAGUUUUUAUUGCGUGCAAUUUUCAAGUUAACCACAACAACAACGGCAACUUUAUUUAUUUAUUUAUUUAUUGGAAGAGGGGAAGUAUCUACCCGCAAAUAGCAAUAGCUAAUCGAGGCGGGUAGUUAGAACCCAAAAAGUACCAAUAGGCCACUUCCGAGUUCCAAAAACCCUCGCUUUCAAAUUGAGACCAAGUGCAAAAUCUUUCUUGUGAAAAUGAGUUUUAUUUGCAUGAGCAUGAAAAAUCAUUUCCAUGUCAAAGGCUGAGCACUUAACCUCGUUCUGAUACAGAAAUGAUACAGAAAUCGCCUAUUACGAGCCAACUUACGCGCGUCCGACCUCCUCGAACGCACGCGGUUAAGAUAUGUGUAGUUUCACGUGUCACUGAAAGUUCUUCGUAUACUGUGAGUGGCAUAGUACGUAGUCGUACAGCGAACGAAGAGAUCGGACCGUGCGUCAAGUGGUCGCUGACAAGAGGUAAAGAAAAUGGAAAAUUGUAAAACGGUCAGCACAAAAAAGUGAUCGCGGUCGCUUACGAAAGGUGUUCGUUUACGAUAGAUUCUAAUUAUAGGACCUUUGCUUGGUAAAAAUUCGGUGUUUAGGGUUGGGUUGGGUUGGUUGAUGACUUACGAGAGGCGAUUGCACAUGGAAGUUCGACUGUAAUUAUGAAGAACGCUGAUGUUCACAAGAGUCCUGUAACAACUCUCUAACCCCUAAAAUCAAAGGCAAACUAAAUACUGCAGACUUGCUGAAUGGAAUUCAUCCUCGCGAGGUUUCACCGCAGAAAAAGCGAUAAAGCGUAAAGCGAUCGGAGCGAGAUCUCUACAUGUCUCUAGGCCGCAAAGCGGCCGAGGGAGCAACGAUAGUCCAUAAACACGCCAUGAAACGAUUCAAAAGGAAUCGAAAGCGCUGUGAAAUUUAUACUUACAUUAUAUUUGUAUGUCACCUCGAUCACUACUAGUGCUUACCGGCUGUGUCGAUUUCUAGUCAGUUUACUGGUUUGACUGAUUGAGGCAGAUAAUUAAUUUCUGUAACGUUUCAAACCAUUUUGUUCAUUAGUAAACUUUUUAGGUAGUCCUUUACAAUGACGACAUUUUCAAAACUUUGUAGUGAAAUAGGCUUGUGACUCCCCCUGAAUUUUGAUUUUAAAAAGUUCUACUCAUCAAAUAAACAAUAGUGUUUGUCUGUACUCUUAUAAAACAUAAAAAUCGGACCUUCUAAGUGUCCAAAACCCAAGUGUAACGGCGAGUGGUUUUAUGGCAUAGUUUUGAACACUUUGGUGUCAUUUCUAAGAUCUAUAAAAGUAUGGACAAGUAAAAGUUGUUGUCUAUUUGUUAACCGCAAUAGCGAACACAAACGUGCAUUUCCUGCGAAGUUUUAAGACAGAGUCUACUUACCAUUUAUUUGGGAAACCCGGAAAUUCUGGUUGGAAAAAAUAAAAGGUACACGCCAUUCCGUUAGGAAGGCUUCAAAAAUUAUGGACCGUGAUUUGAGGCGCCUUGUUCCCCACUCCUAUCUGUCUCUUUAACUGAUUUGGAUAUUCUUUGUAGUGGGUCCUUCUCUCACAAGGUUGGGCUGCGCCGGCGCAGUCUGUCCUUCUCGAAAUCUGUGAAAGCGCGCGAUGUUCGAUCGUGGGGAAGCCGAAGCCUCGAGCAGCGAGUUUGGCACGCGCAAGUGCGAGCGACAAGCGAGUUUUCGCUGGUAUUGGUGCUGUGCCAACUCGCUGCUCGCGGCUUCGCUUCUCGCACACGCAUAUCGCGCGUUCGUUCAGAUAUUCGAGAAAAAAGAGAAACUGCUCGCAGUCUUCACAAGGUCAAAUUACAUUAUUAAGUGUUUUUUCCAUUAGAUCGCUAAGCGGAUGGUUUGUGUAAAUUGGUAAGUAAACAGUAACACAGAGAAAAACAAAAUGCGCUAUCGUUACAUCGCUCCCUGAGUUAAUAUCCCUCAGACAACAGUUCUCGAUCUAUCAGCGCGCGGAAAACCACUUAUUGUAAAAAAAGAGGAGUACGCUAUUAUUGGUCAGAGCAGGUUAAUUAUGGAGUCUAUCUUUUUGUCGAGGGUCGAGGGUCGAGGGUUCCAUGUCGAGGGCGAGGGUACCAAGUCGAGGGUCGAGGGUAACAUUUUUUUUUCCAAAUUUUUUUUUUGGACAAGGUAAUAAUCGAUGCAAUCAAUGUCAUUAAAACAAAUAAGAAGAAUUUAAAAAACAAAUGGCGCGUGAACAUCUUCUAGUUGUUGGGUGGAGGGGGGAGGGGGUGGAAUAGAGAAAAGCUCCGGGACAUCCUGGUUUGUUUUCGAAGAAUUACAUUUAUAACAAUAAAAGGGGGUGGUAGGCCUACACGACUUUUUCCUCAUGCCAAAAUGCUGCUUAUUCCAAUAGAGUUGUUUUUAUCUGCUGGGUAGAUUAUGCUCUGGAAGGUUCUAAUUAUACUGAGCAAAUGUGAUUUCAGCCGCAUGUUUCACAUUGAGAGGUCAUGACAUGUAUAUCGAUUGACUGUAGUUAUUGUUUUCUGGUCGGCAGGAUUUGCCCUCUGAUGCAAGCGCAAUUUCUUUGACCUCUUUUGAAGCGUAAAGCUUUUUUAUUACGGCUGAAUAAGGGUUCCAAUUUUCUCCAAAGUGCCUUCUGGAUCUGAAUAACUAAGCGAUUUUCUUUAGUCCGUCAGUUGGGUACCCCUGCUUCGCGGCUUAUAUUUCAGUCACGUCUGCCUCUUCUCUGCCUUGCUUGGCUGUUCACUGGGGGGUAGUUUGAAUCCCGGGGGGGUACUGCCAUAUAUGGGCGAUAUGGGUAUGUGCCGCUGUGAAGGGUAUGGCUUUCAAGCAGUUUACUCUAGGGUAGGGUAUAUAAAUCAGAGCGUUUGGGUCUAGAAUAGGGUAUCAUUUUUUAUGAAACUGAUCAGUUGGUUGAAGAUUUUAUCUAGACUGGGGAAACAGCUACUCUAGGAUAGGGGGAUUUUGGGAGUUUACUCUAGUAUAGGGUAGCAAAAUUCAGCUGAACUAGCUCUGGUAUAGGUCAAGGGUUCCAGGGUCCCAGCGGUACAUCCCCACCCAGAAAUUCCGAAAGUGCCCCCCCCCCCCGGGGUUUGAAUAUGGAUAUUUCACCAAUUCUUGUUUUUUAAGCCAUCCCACUGUAUGCGACCGAAUUGUCGUGCUUUCAAUGAAGUAGAAACUCGCCCUGAAAUUUAGCCUGAGUAUCAGGCCUUCCUAAGGGGAUAGGGAAGGGGAAAAACGCCUGAUACUCAGGCUACAUGAAAUUUUAAAAUACAAGUCAUCGAUAAUCACCGACACCGGAAAUCGUGACCUAGGUACGUAAGUGCGUAGCCUGCGAACCGCAGACGCAUUUCCGGUCGUCGCUUCUCUCCCUCCGAAAAAUAGCUAUUUUUCGGAGGGAGAGAAGCGACGACCGGAAAUGCGUCUGCGGUUCGCAGGCUAGUAAGUGCGUAGCUAGAGUGAUAAUUUGGAUGGUUGAUGCUAUCGCCCGAGUCGCGCGCAAUAAUAAAUUUACCAACGUUAUGUUCUGCAGCUUAAAAAGUGUAUCACUGCAGAAAUUUGAAACACCCUGAAACUCAAAAGGAACGUAAAACCAACACUUAUCGGCGCAGUUGAUGGCGGCAGUGGGACAAUAGGAAGUCAUGUGGCGAAACUAAUUUUGUGCACAUCUUUAUCCCUAGUGUGCAUUUCAAACAGAAAUCAGAGGUGUCUGCGCAAAGACUUUCUCCACAACGGCUUCAGCGAUUAUUUCCUAUUUUGCACGAAAAGGGGAGCUUUUAUUCACGAACAGUGAUCAGAUCGAAGUAGACCGAUUAUGCGAACUUUCAAAAAAAGAAAAAAAGAGUGUACACUAUAUGAAUAUUUAUAGAAAAAAAAUUCCGUAAAAGACAGACUUGGAAUACACUGUCCAGUUUCUUGCAUGAUGUUAAAAGUAGUAAAUUAACAUCAGAAACCACGGAAAAAUAGAUCACAGAGAAAGCUUGAAUUGAAAUACCAGGGAAAAUAUCCUCGAAACAGAACCAAAUAUCACUCCACAAACCCAAUGCCAUUUUUUCUUGCCCGACCGACCGAAAAAUUGUACAGGAAUGGCCUUGUGGAGGGGGGCGUAAGGGGGAUACGAAUACCGCAAUACCGCACGUGGUAGCGCGAGAAUACCGCAAUACCGCAUCAAAAUUUUAGCCAAAUACCGAAACCGCAGUUACAAAUGGGAAAAAGUUGGGAUCAUAUUUGGUUGGUAUGUGCCGCUGGCCUCUCAGAGCCCCUACCCCAUUACAGUCUAUUCUGUGGCUAGCCUGUUCCAGGCGUUCAGAUGGUGGGGAGCGGUGCGAAGUAAAAAGGAGCGCGAAAAAAUAAAAGCGAGGAAGGAGGAGAGGUGAGAGAGGGAACGCCUGUUAGAUUUGUUUUAAAUAGACUCUUCCGCCCAGUCAGACCGCAUCAGCGGUAGGUGGUCUUCACUUGUCAAUCAAGACUGGUGUUACAGCCCGAUGCAUUUAUUAUUUUUCUUGCGAAUGAAUCAAAGUUUGUCAGAUCAAAAAUUAAUAUUAUGUAUACAUAAUCUUACUAGAAACCCAAUGUAAGACUUUCAGACAAUAGAAGGCGGGAGAAGUAUUCAUGUAUAAUGAAUUUAUUUACGGCUUUAAAACAUGAUUUCAGCGUGUACGUGACAAAAAAUUAAGAAUCAAGUGACAAACAAAUAUCGCUCAUUUCGAUAGAAAGCCGUUUCAAUACAGAUCGUUAACUCAAGCAAUGAAAAUGCACAACAAUUGAAGGGAAAAUUUACUAUUCGGUGAUUGAGUGGACCUCGUCAAUAGCGAUAGCUGCAACUUGCUUUCCAAGAUUUCCGUUUUGAAGUCCUUUUGUUCAUUCAUUAACAAACCACGAUUUGGCACUUCAGUAAACAAUUUCACAGCUUCCACUUUUAACGGCUUCAUCCACAUCUUCUCCCAUCAUUGCCGCCGCUACUCCGAUUUUGUUCAAAUAUUCCACUUGGUCUUCCAUGAUGGUAAUCAACGGAGUUACCACAACAAUCGUAAAUGGCAUUCUAUUCUGCUUUCAUUCCAACGCACGCUUUAUUCGAGGAAAAAGCUGGAAAAUAAGAAUUUUUCCAAAGCCAGUCGGUGAGAAAUUGCUAAGACAUCUAUCCUACCGACUACGUGUUUUAAACAGUUUCUUUGCUCUUCGCUUUUAGCCUCCACGUUUGGAAAGUCACUCAGCACUGUGUUUGUUGCGAGUUUGAAUUCUGCGUGACGGCACGUAGAGUCUGUCAUAACGGCCAUAUCGCAUUUCUCGCUGUGAUCGAAGACGCUCCACUGUUGACAAAAACUGUCAAAAUCAACCAAUCAGAGGGUAUACCAGGAUCUGGUAUACCGGAACGCACUUUUGUUAAAAAUUCUUACAAGCGUUCCCGCACCUCUCUCCCCAGUCCCCCUCUACUUUUCAUCGCUUUCUUUACUCUGCACCGCUCUCCACUAUCUGAACGCUUGAAACAGGCUAUUCUGUGGCCAAUUAUAGACCCCAUCUUAGUCAUUUGAACAAAUAUUUAAUUUUCGCGAUCCCAACUUCGUCACUUUCUAUUUUUACAAAUUGACCUUGUUUUAGAUUGAAUGAAGAACACUUUACUUUUCAUCUACAAUACAAACAUUCUGGUACCUUUGCUAACCGUAAAUAUGAGGAACUGUCUAACCCCAAAAAAGCAGAAAAUGUGCGACCCCAUUCUAAAAAAACUCUCUGAAAAUGCGACCCCAUUAUAGUCAAUCCAGUCGUGAAAAUGCGACCCCAUCCAGCGGCACAUCCUCAUUAGCCUCUUAUCAGGAAGUACCCCCCCACCACCACCACCACCACCCCCAAGAUGCUAUGCUACGUAGGGUAAGCAGGGUAGGGUAAUUCCUGCAUGCACAACGAGAAGGACAAGUAGUAAUUUUUAGACCACGCCAUCUUUAUAGAUUAUCUUUCUACACUACGCAAUUUAUAACGAUCUCACUGACCUCACUAUUUCCUGGAAUAUCUGACUGAUCACUUCGUUGACCCCGCUGGAUGGCUCUCUAUUGUUUGGCGACUGGCACAAAAGUGGUGGUAAGAUUGGUUUAAAGGAGGUUAACUAUUCCUACAAGGUCCAUGAAGUCAUAAAUAAUGCGACAUGUUUACGUAUUAUUGGAUGAAAAAGUUAAUGUCGUUAAUCAUAUCAAGUAUUAACUGAAGUUAGAAGCCAUACGAUUUGUCUGCACUGUUUGCGCAAUACAAUCCCCGACUGUGCACACAGGUCACGCAGGCUAGCCAGGGAGACCUUUUAGGAUUUGUAUCCUCUUGUCAUGAAAAAGAAGCAGAUCACCGCGACACAAAGAUUUUUUCACCGACUACCGCGGCGUAAAAUUUAAACUUACCGCAAACCGCUUCGACUCUGAAAACCGCAAUACCGUACUUUGAAAUAAAAACUACCGCAACACCGCACCAAAAAUGACCCAAUACCGCAAUACCGCAAACCCUUACGCCCCCCUCCUUGUGAGACAUUGUAACAUUUCAAACAGUUAAACAGAAUUUGCAACACAGUCGAUUUUUUUUUCGGGAAUAAAAAACUUGUGUCCAACUUGGCAAAACAACAGAUCUUUAGUAGAAAUGGGUCAAAUGUAAAACAAUUAAUUGGAUCAAUGGGAGACAUGGACCGUACGUCUGUUUUUUUUUUUCCUAUUCACGUCCACCACGUCCAUGUUCACAUACACUCUUUUUUUUUUAUAAGAAUAUUGUUUUUCCGGCCCAGGCUGAAUAUUCUUAUUUUUCUGCCGAUUUUAGGCUGAAAAUAUUCUUGUAUUAUUCUUAAAUUAAAGCUUAUGACAUUUCCGUUUUAGAAUUUAUUGGGGUAUAUGUAUAUAUAUUACAUGUACCGUUCAUCGAACUGACAUUAGCGUUGAACAUUUUGCUAUAGCUAGUGCAGGUUUUUUCGUUUUGUUGGCUAGUUUCGCCGUUCAGAGAAAGGAAUAAUUUUAUACGGUUAAGUUAAAAACAUAAAAUUGUAUUGUAUUUACAGAUGUUUCAACACACAAAAUUAUAUCUAUCCUUUUCAAAAUCUCAGCCUUGGCUUUAUUCUUAAAAUAUUCUUAAUAUUUCGCAAAUUUCAGCCUCGAUAUUCUUAUAAAAUAUAUUCUUAUAAAAAAAAAAGAGUGUAUAUAUAUGACCAGGAGCCCAUCAUUUGAUGGGCUCCUGAUAUGACCGAUUGUGGCUUAGAAAGAUAUAUUGUAUUUUAAUAGGAAAGCGUCGGCAAAUGCCGAUGUUCACCUCACCGAAAGUCGCUACCAGGCAUUAUUCUAUUUUAAACCUCUGCGUUAGUGGGUGGAGAUUUCCAUGCGAGCUGCAAAAAGAUAGACUCCAACGAUUGCAUUGUUCGUUUAUGACACAUAUUAUGACACAUUUUACAACGCAAUAAGAGUUUUUUUCUUCCAUUCUUGUUGGUUGGACCAGAAAUUCUAUAUUCAACGCACUCAUUCUUGUUUUACGACAUUUUAAAUUUUGUUUACAACAUUUUUUUUAAAAUCAGUGUUUUCAAGUAACGUGUUCUGUUCUGUUCUGUUCGAAAACAAAUUGGGAUGUCCCGCAGCUUUUCUCUAUUCCCCCCCCACACCCCCCACCUCCACCGAACAACUAGAAGAUGUUCACGCGCCAUUUGUUUUUUAAAUUCUUCUUAUUUGUUUUAAUGACAUUGAUUAUUGCAUCGAUUAUUACCUUGUCCAAAAAAAAAAAAUUGGAAAAAAAAAUGUUACCCUCGACCCUCGACUUGGUACCCUCGCCCUCGACAUGGAACCCUCGACCCUCGACCCUCGACAAAAAGAUAGACUCUUAAUUAUGCACGUGCUUUAUCGAGAUAAUGCACGCUGUUUAUGUCACUUGCUUGUCGUUUUUCGUCAGUAAAGAAUUGAACCUCAGUCUUUGAACAAUGAAUUAAAUCGCGCGUGAUUUUCUCUCUUCAGAGCACUAGAGAGUUGUCAGCGUGGAUUUCCUUUCAGUGGAAGUGACACUGUUUAUUUCAGCGUAGUUGAUGAGCAGGGCAACGCAUGUUCUUUCAUUAACAGCAAUUACGCUGGCUUUGGAACGGGCCUGGUACCUCGGGGAUGUGGCUUCACUCUACAAGUAAGUACAAAUAAUUUGGUUGUUUUGUGCUGAGGAAAUUCAUUUCACGCUCAGUAUUGACGGAAAAUUUAUACUGUUAUUACCAAAUGUUUUAUUUAAAGUGGACGUUUUCUUAAUAGUUGCUCUACAGGUAACGUCUUUUGAAUAUGAAUAUAUCACGAAACCAGAAAAUUUUCUCCAUUUUUGUACAGCCAUAAAAUCAUUUUGUAGCCCUUUAGGCCCACUUUACAGACCGAAAUGACAGAUUUCUCUACCCUUGCAUAUACUUCAACUGCAUAUACAUAUACCUGAAGCCAGAAAAAGUUACCCCUUUUGGGUAAAGCCUCCCCGGAAAGGCAAUUAUAGGUAGUAGCCCCCCCCGGAACAAACCUACUUGGUUUAUUAUGUCAAGUACAAGAUAACCAAUGAAAGUUUGAUGACAGAACUUUAGAGGUGGGCGACUGAACCAAAACAGGCAGUUUGAAUUUUAAUUGGCGCAACGGACGUUUUAUCGAUAAAAUGCAUAACCAUGUUACCGUUUCUGAUGAAAUAAGUUAAAUGUGCACUGGACUAUACACUGCAGUACAGAAAAAUCAGUAACUAUCAAUUAAUUAACAUGGCAAACUGAAUGUUCAGUCGUUCCCGAAAACUCGAACCCCCGCUAACUCGAACUCUUUCUUGUUUCCCUUCAGAGUUCGAGUUACCGGGGUUCUACUGUAUUAGCUUUUAUGGGGACUAAUUUUUUUGGCUUUAAAGGUAAAAAUACAUUCAAGACAAAUCUGCUUAAAAGAGUAUCUGUGUUUAUAUAAUCAGAAAUGGUCAGUAACAUGCUAGCGAACGAAAGCGACUGAAAAAACACCACCUUUAGAGAAGGAUUUUUUUGAAAACAAAAAUGUUCUGAAUUCAAUGACCAUCGUCCCUUAAUUCAAUAAAUCUUUGAAAAGCCCUUGAAUUUUCCUCGAGCUUGGAUGUGGCAAAAAAGUCGAGGUACCAAACUACAAAUUAAAUCAUUCAGUGUUCCUGUUUUUUUUUUUUGGAAUUAUAUCUUUUAGCAAAGUGAUCAGCAUCUGUGGGUACUGAUGUAUAAUUUCCAUACGCUCGCGCGUGUCACAGUGGACGUUGCUUAAUUUCCUAAAUAUAGUGCCUAUUUUAUUCAUUGCUUUAUUCUUCAAAAAUCGCUACCAUACAAGAAAUACCACACUGAGAAAAUAAGAUAAAACACAAAACUUAAGAUUGACAAGCCAGAAGAAGUCCAAAAGGGUCCUAGGAUGGCACCCGUUUUAGCCUGUAGCAUGGUAAAGAUCCUUUUUUAAUUUUUAUGUAUUCUUUACUUUUUCUAUUUCUUCUCUAAAAAAACCAUAACACGGCCAGGUCAGAAAGUAUUCUGCGAGCGCCGGCGUAUUUCCGGCGGUCGCUUCUCUUUGCCGAAAGGUGACCGAAAGACGCGACAGCUGAUGAAACGUUUGCUCGGAAACGCUGACAGAUCCGGGGGGAGACUCCCUACAAUUACCUAUACGGUGAGGCCUCGCUCGAAAGGGGCACCAUUUCCCGGCUUCAGGUAUAUGAAAAUAUAGGGAUUUCACUAGUUGAAGUAUAGUAGCGAAAUCUGUCAUUUCAGUCUUUAAAAAUUGCUAACAGAUGCAUUGUAUGGCUGUGAAAAAGUAGAAAAUUUGUUGUUUUUGUGAGUUACUCGUAGUUAAAAGACAGUGAAUUUACAGCAGUUAAAAGGGAUGCAAAUUUGCUAAUAGAGAAUAUACGAGAGGCGUAACUUUCCUGUCAAAAAGUUAAUCUAAAGGGUACAGAACUGGACCUCUGGCGGGCUCCCCGUAGAACUGAAACUUGUCUAGUACUUAUUAUUAAUUUGUCGAGACAUAUUGAGAGAAGUGAAUUGAAUUGAAUUGAGCUGUAAAUGGCGACAACUUAAAGACUUCAAGAGCCUUUUUAACGUUGAAUAAGUGAUAUAGCGGUUUAUAAAAUUUCUCACUUUGGGUCCUUCUGGAAGGAAUACAUCGAAGAAAACUUAACUUGUGACACUAGCGGUGGUGUUCAUUGGUCAUGAUGAAGACCGUUUGGCAAGAGUCAGGGGCACCCAAUUAUCGAAUGUUUCCAAAUACCUCAAAAGUGUCUUAAAUGGUUUUCUCUAUGCUUUAGAAACCUGUUUGGUUAAUUUGGAGCUGUCCUAAGAGCUAUUCAUUUGUUCGGUUGUUUUAGAGGAACUUUGGUCAUCUCGAAAGUUUUAGGUGGCUUGAUCAUCUUAUCCGAAACUGUAAGCUAUCCUGAUGGGUCCGUUCGAAAGUUCGAGGACAUGAAGUAACCUUUUUCAUUAGAAAUCUCGAGGGGACGUUUUGUCUUUAUACUGAAAUUUUCAGACGGAAGACCUUUAACGUCUGUUGAAGGCAAACCGUAAUAAUUGACCACAAAUGUAAUAAAGCCCUCAAAUGUAAUAAAAAUUGACCACAAAUGUAUUAAUGCCCUCAAAUGUAAUACAAAUUGACCACAAAUGUAAUAAAACCGUCAAAUAUUAUCCAAACCGUAUAUACUCGAAAGAGCACAGCCCUCAAUUUUAUAAGUCGGACAAAAAUAAGCACCGUCGCGCUCUUUCGAAAACGGAAAACACAAUAUUCUAUGGCAUGUAAUCGAAAGAGCGCCGCCUUCAAAUCACCUUGUCAUCUUUAAGUACGAAAAUCAAUAUGCCGCGGUGCUCCUUCGGAAAAUACAAUAUCGUUCUUCACUGAAAUGUUCGUCGUCCGUUGAGUGGGCGCUCGCUUUUUUCGCUAUUUCCGAUUUUUUUACAAUUUGGUGUGUGCGAAUUUUCAUUGACCGAAGAUUAAUACGCAACCUUGUAGACCUUGUAAUUCGACUUAGAUAAUAGACUUUGAUCAUUUAUUGGGAGUAUCACUUACUCUACGAUAAAUAAAUUCGAAGUUGUUUUGGGAGAUACUCACCUAUUUUCAUCAUUUAUUUAAAUACCGUACUCUUUAGAAGAAAUGAAAGUUAAAAAAAAAACAAGGUUUAAACUUACAUCUAUAUGCUUCAAGCCUACCUCAGCAAUGAUAAUCAAAAUAUUAAAAACUAAUAAGCGCUGCUGUAUUGCUGGCAAAUGAGGCACUCUUGCUUGAAUGGGUUGAAUGCAGGAGGAAAAUGUGUUUGUUCGAAAGAGUGCCGAGGUGUUUAUUUAGUUUUCAUCUUCUCAUGUGCGACUCUUACUUGAGGUCGGCGUCCUCCUAUUAAAUGCAGUAAAACAUUGUAUUUUUCAAGACAGCGCCGCGGCGCUUAUUGCUUUGCGAUUUAAAAGAUGCCAAGGUUAUUCGGGGUGGCGCUCUUUCGAUUAAAAAUACAACGGGAUAUUAUGUUUUUCGAAAGGGCGUCGCGGUGCUUAUUUUUCUCCGACUUAUCGUGCUUAUAUUUGGGGCGGCGUUCUUUUUAUUACAUUUGUGGUCAAUUUUUAUUACAUUUGAGUGUAUUAUUACAUUUGUGGGCGUUAUUACAUUCGUGGAUUCAACCUUUUUUUAGCAAUACAAUGUAACCGCAAUUACUUGGUAAUAAAAUGUGAAAAGCACAACCUCCGAAAAUCGGGCAAGCUUGUUAAAAAAAACUUCGAAAAUAUUAGAAGAAUGGAAUGGUUAUCCUGAAUUUUUUCUCAAGCUGUGGAAAUUUCUAAGCAUCAUUUGCUUCUUCGAUCAGUUAUUUUAAAAAAUAAAUUUGUUGGUUGCCCUUGAAGAGUUGCCUAACAUUUACCAAAUCUCUUCGCAUGCAUGAAGCUUGCCCUUAGUGUUCAGUAAAAACAGAGAAAAACAAAGUCACAGAAAAUGGUGAUGCUGCGCAAAGUGUGAUUUUUAUUAUUUUCUUUUUUCGAAAAAGUUAUUACAAUUUAAGUCUGGGAAUUGAACAGAUACAUACGUAUUAAAUUUUGAUCUGUGAAGUUGGUUGCCUUUCUAAGUUCUGAAAGCGCCCGUUUCUUUCACCCGGAAUCAUUCUUGCUGCCCAGGGUUACUAAAGCCGAAUCGUUUGGGGAUUAACCAAGAGUAUAGAUUCACAAACCCUUUCUUGAAAACUGCAUUACGCAUUCCGUACAAAAUAGGAUUACACAUACUGUUUAGAUAACCAAGUAGCAACGACACAAUGUUUAUGGAGCGAGGUAAGGGCCGUGGAUAGUACACAUCAAAAAACAUGGUCAUUGCGAAAGGUGCCCAGCAAAUUAUGAACAAGGCAAGCACAAGAACGAAAGUGUUCGUCAUCUUCUCUUCUUCCGGCGAUAAUUUCCAUUUAACAUUUGGACUCAAUUGAGACUUGAUUUCUACAGUUUUUACUCUGUCAGCUUCGCUGCAGACUUGCAGACGUGGGUUGUCGCAAUUUCGCAUCUCAAUCUGCGCUCGUUGAAUCUCAUCUCCGUCGAGUUCAAUGAUAAUCGGAGCGGUUUUUUCUUGUGCUUUGUCUGUUUUCUCUGGCUCUUGCUGUUGCUGUAAAGGCGGAGGGGUUAGGUUAUCCCUCGAGACAUCAACUUUCAUUUUCAAAUUUCUCGUGAAAUUCAAAAUAUUGUAGUAAGAAAAGGCCAUAACCGAGAGAGGACCAAAGAAGCAAACUGUAAUCAUAAAAUACAUGAAGUACACGUUCGAGGGCCAGUAAACGAAACAGUAGGAUUUUCCCGGGAUGAAGCGAUAUUCUGCCCAACCGAACAGUGGAGGGGAUGCCAGAAACAUUGAAACAAACCAGACGCCUGCUGCGUAGAGCAACGCUUUUGUCUUUGCAAAGGUGAUGGUGUAUGUGUUCCACUUGACGAUGUAAAAAUAACGGUUGAUGGCGAUCAUGCCUAGAGACAUUACGGACGCUAUGAACGAUAAAAUUGUGAAAUAUCCGAGCACCACGCAAGCUGUGUGUCCGAAGACCCAACAACCAUUGACAACUGUUACCAUGGUAACUGGCAUGCUUAGCACUGACACCAAGAUGUCGGCGGCAGCCAGGUUUAGAAUAAACAUGUUGGUGAUGGUGCGAAGAUUCGGGUUUUUGUAGACGAUAAGGAAUAAACUCACGUUCCCAAUAGAAGCUGCCAAGCAAAUAAAGCAAAGGAUUGUCACCUCGGAGAUCAUCUUAAGCAUAUGUAACGUCAUUUUUUUAAAGCAGCGUUCGGCCGUUCGUUUAAAGAAACCAAUCGGCGUUUCUGAAGAUGUUUAGACAAACUGGCGAACUUUUUCAGUCUUUUAAACGUGUUUCAGGAUACUGAUUUACGUUUGUAGAGUUGCGCACUUUAAUCCGAUAGAAGCGAUUUGCAUACAGCCAUUGAGAGAACUUGAAAAGCUCUGUUUUGUUCUCUUGACGCAACUAAGUUGUUUUAAUUUUAGUUCUUUUUCUUUCGGUGAACGAAUCGUGCUGAUUUGAAUGAAAAUAAUUAAAGGAUCCUGUUUUUCCGUUGCACAAAAAGUGUAGUCCUUUGGAAAAUAAUUCAGAAAGAAAGACAAGUUGCAGGUGUACUACGAUAAUGAUUUCUUUUGGAUGAAACGAAAGACCCUGUGAAUAUUAGUAAACUAAAAGACGUUUUGCAUUACGAUUGCAAGGAAAACUUUCGGAUACGAAAUGACUGCGAAACAGAACGAAUAAAGGAAAACUUGAAAAUGGUAUUCGCUUUUUAUGAAGCUAUGAAUGUUUGUCCUGAGUUUAUUUUUAUGUUCCAUAAAUACUUAGAUAGGAAAAGAAAACAAAGGUAAAUUUUCUCUAUUACAGUUUGAUUAGCAGAUGCUCCAGCCUCAGUAUUUUGUAACAACAAAACACUCUUCUUCAUUGGCUCUUAUAACAAACCGGUUAAUUUCUUUCGCUUUCCAUUUUAGUUUAGCCCAUUUGAAAGUAAAUUUAAACUGUGGCAAUAAAACCUCAUGCAUGUCUGCAUUAUCCAUAACCUAUAACACUACUCUCAGAAUUUGCCAGUUUGAAAAUGCAGUUCAAAACCAUAGUAGUCUAUGAUAUACUGUAAAGUUAUUGCGUUAUUGUUCGUAGAACGUUUUGAUUUUAUGCCAUAAAAAUCAAUAAAUUAAUCUUUGGCAUUAACGACGAAGUCGCCACUGAAACUAAGUUUCUAGCUUAGAACCUUUUUCAUCCUAUAUUUUCAUUUAUUUCACCAUGGUAAUAUUACAGUCCACUUUCCGACCGUACAAGUGCAAUUAGUACUCGUUUAACUGGUAAAUAAUCUGCCCGAAAUUUCAAUGCGAAAGUAAGUGUUGCCGUAGUGUUUUUCAUAGUGGUCUUCCGGCCCCUCAUACAUCCUCACAUUUCGAUUGAAUCCGACACCUCGGUUAGUCGCUGUUAUAAUUUCAGCCUGGGCGACCUACCUUCUACCUGCUUUUUUGUAGACAAAUAAAUUAUGUUAAGAUUCACUUGGUUUUCAUCAAAACCUUUUUAUGCUUCGAUUUACUGUGAAAUGACCGUUGAUUAAAUGGGCGUAAUUACUCAAAUUUCUUGUUUCUCAAAACGUAUCGUUAAUACUCAAUAUCGGCUGUCGCUCAUGUUCACACAAUGGAAACGAUUCGUCAAAACACCCCCUAAAUUUGAUUAAAACGUAAGACAAACGGUCCCUUGAAAAGGCACUAAUAUGCGCGAAUAUUUCGGGGACUGACGUAAAAGGCUGUCCGCGUUAGAACGGAUAAGGUAAAUUUUCUACACUCCCCUAAUUUUUUUUGGUCUUGGUACUUUUAGUUUAUCAUAACUUCUGGAUCAGGUGCCAGUUUUGCAAAAUUAUGUGUCAAAUCCAUGUAUGCUAAUCCGUCUCGUUAAGGGAUAAUUCAAAGGUAUUUUUAGAAAAAUUAUUUCUCAGUCAAUAUUCCAUAUAACACAAGCGUUAAGCCCUUAAAGUGAUGAAGAAAAAUAGAACUUUAUCGAGUGAAUGUUUCAGUUCAUUGGGAUGAAUACUAAAGAUUCGUGGGAGUCUGAAUUUUUCAGGUACGUGGCAGAUUUUCCGAAGCAAACUGGUCACCUUUUUGAGAUGAAACGGAAAACCGUCCUUUAAAAUAGGACGAAAAAAGAUUUGGUUCAAAUAAAUGUGAUAUAUGCUCAGGGGAAAUGAUGAUUAUCUGCCACUUAAGGUCGGUACACACGAGGCGACAAGUUGCAGCAACAUGUCGCGGCGACACGUUGCAGCGACAAAUCGCUUCGUGUGUACUGGAGAAUUUGUGUGAAAAUCUUUGUCGCUGCAACAGAAUUUGUCGCCGCAACAAGUCGCACAGAUUCAGUCUGAUUUGACUUUUUGCGACUUGUUGCAGCGACAAAAUUCUGUUGCGGAGACAAAGAUUUUCACAAAAAUUCUCCAGUACACACGAAGCGAUUUGUCGCUGCGACGUGUCGCCUCACCUUGUUGCUGCAACUAGUCGCCCGACCUGUACACACGGAGUGAUCUGUCGCCGCGACGUGUUGCAGCGACAUGUCGCCUCGUGUGUACCGACCUUUAAAACAUUAGGGAAAUCGAUGAAAGUCGGAAAUUUGCCUUAUCGCUCUUAUGCGAACAGCCUCUUAACGUUUACGCAAAGACGGUAACAAUUUGGUGUCCAGUCGUUGCUGAUAGCUUUGCAAACAUUCAGCGCAUCACGUCGCAAAAAAUCUCUAGGACUGCUUUUCAUGUAAUAUAUCAAAAACGAGUACGUCACAAACUAUUCUAUAAACGGUCUUCGGAGGAUAUCUCUCCCCCGACUUCUUGGCCACCUCCAUCACAAACUUGCUAUGCCAGUAAAUCAAGGUUACUGCAUCCAUUUCUUCAAUGCUGGAAGAAAGCUGUGCGCCCUUAUGUAAAUCAUAGCCUUUAAAGAGCCCUCCUGGAUCUAAAACGGGAGCUAUAACCAACCGAGAUAUUUGCCAUUCGCCAAAAAUUGUUACCGCUCAUUUGUUCUUGUAUUUGGUUGACGAGGGAAUAGCUUUUUCGACUAACUCGCGAUCCUCGUAAACCGUUUUCGGCUCCCUAAAUCUUGCCUCUCCAUCUUCCCUCAUAGUCAGACACCAACUAUACCAAAACAAUUAAUCAGUUAUGUUGAAGUAAUGUUACGUAACAUGGCAAGAUUGCUAAAACCGCGUGUAUUCUAGUCUUAACUUUAAAUAACUUGGAUGUAAGAGAGGUCUACUCCAAACUUUCUCACAUGCCCUUGCUGUUUAUUAAAACCUACAAACCUUUCGUCCCUGGGGCUUCUUUAGUGUACAGUAAAAGAAAAAAAAAUCAAUACCUGGAUAAACUUUGCACAAUUUGUAGGGCUACAUGUGCACAUAUACAUAAAAGGUCAAAACAAAGAAUUUAGAGUUAUAUAAACAUGUUAUGUAAGAUUGUGAAGAAAAGCAAGACGUGACGAAAGGUAAAAUUAUAUAACUAUAUAUUUUUUUUUUGCUACGAAAAGCGCUGUUUUUUACGUAGCCAAAGCAACAGUGGUCUUUUCACGUGUGGAGAUAUCAUAUUUUCGCUCGAAUACUCAACUGUAAUUAUUGUUUAAGUGUGGCUAGUCAAUUAGCAAAUAAAAGUCGUAUGUACUGGGUAUGGACAAGUGUCGCAAGAAAAUUGGGCGAAGAUCGAAACACAUUUUUCUUCAUUUUUUUGGCUGCUAGGUUUUCGUACAACACUUGUACAGUCUCAGAUAAUACGUGCGUGGACACAAAAAGACUGAAUGAAUACCUCGCUAGUGGAAAUAAGCCUACGCGUAUUCCAGUAAUCACAGGAUAUUGGUAUAUUGUUUUACAGCCACAGUACGGAAACAAAACUAAAAAGAAGCUUUGGUAGUUUGUUGAGCCAAUCAAAAGGUGUGUCUUAAAGCAAAAUAGGCUAAAAUAUUUGCUUGAA